AUGUCUGUUAAAACUAUUGACGAAAUUAAUGAACUUUUGGCUCGUUUGGAAGAAGAAAAAAAACAUAUACUACAAGAUGUAUACUUAUCAAUACCCUAUAGACAACAAGAUAUUACUUUGAUUUCAAGAAUAGUGGAUAAGUUCAAGAAACGAAAUACAAAUUUAGAAACUGGUCAUUCAAAUUGGAUAAUUUUGGAACUUAUUAAAAAAAAUAUUCAAAAUAGACGUGAUUAUACUAAAAGAAAAGAAAAGAAAAGAGCCAAUAAAAUUAAUGAUGAUGUUUCUGGCAGUAACUUUGUUCCUGAUGGUGACUCUGCUCCUUCUAAUGCUGAUAACUCUGCUCCUCCUACACCUGGUGGUAACUCUGCUCCUCCUACACCUGGUGGUAACUCUGCUCCUCCUACACCUGAUGGUAACUCUGUUUCUCCUACACCUGGUAGUAACUCUGCUCUUAAUGGUGAUAAUUCUGCUUCUAACAGUAGUGAUUCUGUUGUUCCUGGUGAUAAUUAUCUUGUAAAUGAUAUUGAUUUUUUUGAUAGAUCCAAUAAAAGAAAAUCUAAAGAUAAAUCACCACCAAGCAAAAGAUCCAAAAAAUCACCAGCAAAGAAAGAAAAUAAAAAUACCAGACCAAAAAGAAAUU